AUGCAGUUCUCGAUAGCAGCCGUUUUGAUUGGUGUGUUGGUGGCGUCCGCGGCAGGAUUCGACCGGCAAGCAUUGCAUGCAAGCCCACCGUCCGAACCAAGCACAACGGAAGAUGCAAAUAAGCUCGCUACGCAAGGCUAUCUGGUGUACGCGGGACAGUUUCCGUACCAUGCGGGGCUGUUUAUCCGGAACGAUGUCGAUCCUGGCACCACACUUGCAGCCGGUUCGCUCAUCACACCGAACUACGUCCUUACCGCGGCAGACAUUUUGCGCAGCAGUAUAAGCAGAGCCAACACGACAUACGGAUAUGCACUGUUCGGAACGGACGAUGGACUCGACCAGUCAAGGCUGCAGCGCAUCAACUUCAACGAAAGCGAUAUCGAGCUUCAUCCGCGGUACGACAUUGCAACGAUACGUUUGGAGCAUCCGGUAACGUUCACCGCGUUUGUGCAGCCGAUCCGUUUGCCCAGAUUGUCCGAUGCUCGGUCGUACGCGCGAAUGGAGGGCACAAACGUCGGAAGCGGAGGACUGUGGCGAUAUGUGCGCAACGAGAUAUUGACGAACGGCGAAUGUGGUUCGCUCUUUCCUGAAUCGUCCAUUGAUGAGCAGCAAAUCUGUACGAAUGCGUACGUGGGAGGUUCGUUCUGCAACCGAAGGCACGGGUCCGGGUUGACCGUGCUAGACAAAAGUGGCCCGUUGCUGGUUGGAGUGAUAAGUUUGUUUUACCAGUGCACGGAAAACUAUCCAACAGUUUUUGUGCGCCUGUCGAAAGUGAGCGACUGGAUUGCAGCGAACUCGGACUAUGUGUACGAUUCUUAA